UAGUCACAACUAGGACUUGGAGCUCACUGCAAAGGGACAACGUUGUGGUCAGUUCAGAGUUAGCCUCAGACAAGAGAGCACGAAGUGACCUGAUAAUGCGACUUUCGAAAGCACUGAUAGACAUGGACAUGGCAGACUACAGCGAGGCUCUGGACCCUGCCUACACUACACUGGAGUUUGAAAACAUGCAAGUCCUCGCGAUGGGCAAUGACUCCUCACCUGCCGAAAGUGCGAACAUGAAUGCCUCCAGUCACCUGAGUGCAGGAGCUCUGUGUGCGAUAUGUGGGGACAGAGCCACGGGGAAGCACUAUGGAGCCUCUAGCUGUGACGGCUGCAAGGGCUUCUUCCGGAGGAGCGUCCGGAAAAACCACAUGUACUCCUGCAGGUUUAACAGGCAGUGUAUUGUGGAUAAAGACAAGCGAAACCAGUGCCGCUACUGUAGGUUGAAGAAAUGUUUUCGGGCAGGCAUGAAAAAAGAAGCUGUUCAGAACGAAAGAGACCGAAUCAGCACCAGAAGGUCGAGCUACGAGGACAGUAGCCUACCGUCCAUUACAGCCCUGAUCCAGGCAGAGGUGUUGUCAAGACAGAUUUCCUCUACAUUGCCAAUACUAAAUGGAGAUAUCCGAACAAAGAAAAUUGCCAGUAUCAUCGACGUGUGUGAGUCCAUGAAACAGCAGCUCCUGGUCUUGGUAGAAUGGGCCAAAUACAUUCCAGCAUUCUGUGAACUAGCACUAGACGACCAGGUGGCUUUACUACGGGCACAUGCUGGGGAGCACCUACUGCUUGGAGCAGCAAAGAGGUCUAUGAUGUACAAAGACAUUUUACUAUUAGGAAAUGACCACAUUAUUCCUCGUAACUGCCCGGAGUUAGAAGUGAACCGGGUUGCCGUGCGCAUCCUGGAUGAACUGGUGCUGCCAUUUCAGGAGCUGCAGAUGGACGAUAAUGAAUACGCAUGCUUGAAAGCGAUUGUUUUCUUCGACCCAGAUUCCAAGGGUCUGAGUGACCUCAGUAAAAUCAAGAGGAUGCGCUACCAGGUUCAGGUGAGCCUGGAAGACUACAUCAACGACAGGCAGUAUGAUUCGAGGGGCCGCUUCGGGGAGCUGCUCCUCCUCUUGCCCACCCUGCAGAGCAUCACCUGGCAGAUGAUCGAGCAGAUCCAGUUCGUCAAGCUCUUCGGGAUGGCCAAGAUAGACAACCUCCUGCAGGAGAUGCUUCUAGGGGGUUCUGCAAACGAAGCCCCUCACACACCCCACACUCUCCACCCCCACUUGGUCCAAGAACAUCUCAGCAAUAUUGUCCUAGUACCCAACAACAUGCCUAAUCAGAUUCACAAUGGACAGAUCUCCACUCCCGAAACCCCACUACCUUCCCCUCCUGCAGGCUCCAGCUCAGAGCAGUACAAAAUGGCACAUGGGGUGAUCACUACAGUAGCCAAGCAGCCAAUAUCUAUCCAACAACCCAUCGCAACCAAGCAAGAGGCGAUGUAAGAGCCACAGGGGUGGAGGUGAUGUAAUAGUCAUGGGGGUGGAGUUUGGAACCUCCAAGCAGAAUGUGAAAUGAUUUAGGAUUAUCAUUUUUUUUAAGUACAGCCAAGAAAGCUGUAGAAAUAAUAAUUUAUGGUAUCUAAACCUAUUGUACAGAUGUUAGGAAAAAAUAUAUAUAUAUUUAUCUGUUGUGACCACAAGAUGGUAAGCUUGGACACAGAGGUUUAACAGACCGUUAAGAAAAGUAACUCAGCCUUUAACUUGAAAGACCCCCUGGCACACAGUGCCUUCUUUUCAGUCCUGGUGGUGAGAAGCUCAAAGAAUGAAUGUAGUUAGUUAGCCGUUUAAAAUGGUUUGCCGUCUACUUUUUCUACAAUGAUAUAAUAAAACCCAACAUGAAACAGCCUUGGAACAUAAUCCAAACAGCGACUUCUCUUCAAAUCUGGAAAUGAAAAGGAACCUUAUUCACAAACAUGUUUUUAAAUGAAGCUUUACAUACUGUAUUGCAACCCUUGGCAGACCCGCAGCAGUGCAGGUCUGAAAACUCCAUUCACAAAGACAUGUUUUAUUGAUAUCAUAUGACAUGUUUUAUUGAUAUCAUAUGACAUGUUUUAUUGAUUUCAUAUUGAUAUUGAUAUUUUUAUCAGCAGUCCUCCUGUUUGUUUGGUUUUUUUUUUAUUGCAUUUUACUGAAAAUUCAUGUUGUUGGUGCUUCAAUUAUAUGAUCAAAUGAUUAAUUCUAACAUUAGAGAAACAAUGUUAAAUAGUUUCCUAUAUUACUUUUUUUUUCUGGCUUCCAUCUGAUAACAAUAGGCACAGUACAAAAAUGACAUACAUACAUACAUACAUACAGUACACACCUACAUUCAUUGUAACACUUCUAAAUGCUAUUAUUUAUUGUAAAAUACACAGUUUGUGUAACAGAAUACUGGUGCAACUUUUUGUAAAUAUUCCUUUGUUAAAACCUUCAGAUGUAAACCAGGCUGUUACUUAAAAACUGUCUGUCAACCCUUAUCCUUGAGUAUAUUCUAACAGUUGGGGAGGGGGUAUGUUUUAACCAGUGUAAGUGAUUUAAAUCGACAUUGCUUUCCUGUGCACAUAAAACAACACUCACAGACAGGCUCUGUGACUCUGAUUAGUCCAUAGCUCCAAUGGUCUAUGUACUGCAGCCUCAAUGCAAGUUAAAAACAAUGUCACUUUUACAAAUAAAAGAAAGAGGUCUUCAUGCCCAUCAUGUACACUGUAUUGCUAAUAUACUUUGCCCUGAAAAGGUUGUUUCAUAUUCUGAAAUGGGGUUACAGCCUUUAGUUUUACCUGCUAUCUUGGAAAGUGAGGCUUCUUUAAUUUAUUAAGUGCUUAAUUUCCCAACCAAAUCAAUGUAUAAAUUAUAAUGACUGUUUCUAGUGAUGCAUCGAAAGCAUAAAGCAGUAGGCACGGGAAAUAAUUCAGGAGAUGUUCUUUUUUUCCCCUUUGUAUUUAGAGUACUGUAGUUUCUGAAAAGUGUAUUAUAAAUGUUUUAUUAACAGAAAGUGCCUUAACAACCACGUGUAUACUGGAUACUGCCUUCAGGUAGAAAUAAUGGUGGUGUUCUAACUUCUUACUAUGUCAAAAAUUAAAUAAAUGCCAAAAGAUUUUUUA